GGGAUUGUCCUCAGCCCCGACGGUAGCGCGCUGUUUUUGGCGGACCACGGCAACCACAAGAUCCAGCGGGCAGAGGUGGCGACGGGCGCGGUGAGCACGUUCGCCGGCAGUGGCAUUGCUGGCAGCGUUGAUGGCGUGGGAGACGCGGCGCAAUUCAACGCCCCAUACGGCGUCACCAUUAGCCCCGACGGUAGCGCGCUGUUUGUGACGGACUUCAACAAGAUCCGGCGCGUGGAGGUGGCGACUCGCGCUGUGACUACGCUCGCGGGCAGCGGCGAACAAGGCGACGCGGACGGCGUGGACGGCGCGGCAGAGUUCUACCGCCCAGCCGGCAUCGCCAUCAGCCCCGACGGCAGCGCGCUGUUUGUGGCGGACUGCUGGAACAAGAAGAUCCGGCGUGUCGAGGUAGCGACGGGCGCGGUGACGACUGUCGCGGGCAGCGGCGAACGAGGCGACGCGGAUGGCGUGGGCGGCGCGGCGGAGUUCGACGGCCCAGGCGGCAUCGCCCUCAGCCCGGACGGCAGCGCGCUGUUUGUGGCGGACUUCAGGAACCACAAGAUCCGGCGGGUGGAGGUGGCGACUGGCGCGGUGACGACUGUCGCGGGCAGCGGCGCCGAAGGCAGCGCGGAUGGCGUGGGCGGCGCGGCGCAGUUCAACAAUCCAUACGACAUCGCCAUCAGCACCGAUGGCAGCACUCUUCUGGUCCGCACAAAGAAGUCGGCUCUCCGCCAGGUC